UUGACCCAAUGACAAUAGCGUGAGUGAAAAAAAAGCCCAUCAACGUCGUUUUGUUCUCUUUAUAGUCACAAACUCCUAUGGUUGAUUAGGGUUUUAUCUCAUUAACGUUUCUUCUCUUCACUCUGCCCGCUGCAUCAAUGGCUUCAGAGAAGAAACUUUCGAACCCAAUGAGGGAGAUAAAAGUGCAGAAGCUCGUCCUCAAUAUCUCUGUUGGCGAGAGUGGAGAUCGUCUCACCAGAGCCUCCAAGGUGUUGGAACAACUUAGUGGCCAAACCCCAGUGUUUUCCAAAGCAAGGUACACUGUUCGUUCCUUUGGGAUUAGAAGAAAUGAGAAGAUUGCAUGCUAUGUCACUGUCAGAGGUGACAAGGCAAUGCAACUUUUGGAGAGUGGUUUGAAGGUGAAGGAAUAUGAACUUCUCAGAAGGAACUUCAGUGAUACUGGUUGCUUCGGCUUUGGUAUUCAGGAGCAUAUUGAUUUGGGAAUCAAGUAUGAUCCUUCAACUGGUAUUUAUGGAAUGGAUUUCUUUGUUGUUCUGGAGCGACCUGGCUAUCGUGUUGGACGUCGCCGAAGAUGCAAGUCCCGUGUUGGAAUUCAGCACCGAGUCACAAAGGAGGAUGCUAUGAAGUGGUUCCAGGUGAAGUACGAGGGAGUGAUCCUUAACAAGUCCCAGGCUAUUCUUUAGUUAGAUUGAGUUCACUUUAGGAGUGUGUUAUCAGUUUUGUCAACUAUAGCUCGAUCUUUCUGUGAUAUUAUGUUAAUUUUAAGGCAGGUUUUGAAUCAAUGUUUGUCAUUUCAGUUUCGUGAUGAAGGGUAUGGAUUAGCCCUGUUUAAACGGCACUUUUAUUGCAAAGAACUCCUGAACCCCGCGUUAUGCAAUGAUGUUGGGCAAUUUACUUAGUUUUCUUUGCAACCAAAUAAGAGAAGCAUGUGCAAAA